UGGUUGAUCCAUGUAAUCACAUCGAUUCCAGCGUGUACUUUAGUAAAAAUACACCUCAAUCCGAGAAACAAGUGUACAUAUAAUUUCUAUCUAUUUGACGAUUUCCAGAUAACUUAUCAGAAUGCUGUUUGUACACAUGAUUUUCCCAGAAAGAUGUCCAUGAAUUAGAUGACCCCCGUUUCCAACAUGUGAAGGGCGAUGACGAUGAUAUUUUGUUUCUGCAGGGAACACUAACAGUCGCUUGCCAGCUGGGUGAGAAGAGUCCCGAAUCAGAGGCUAUUCAGUUCAGCGACAUGAGGUCGCAAACAAAAGUGACAAAGUACUUUGAUCUCGAUCUUACCGAGGAGAGGAAGGAGACAUUGGUGACACUCAAAGUGAUUCAAAACUCUACACAGACGAUCAAAUUCAACACACGUUUCCAAGGGAUCGACAAAGAGACUACUGAACAAGACGCCUUUUCACCAGCCAUCGACGAAAUACCUACUGAAGAAUCCAGGGAGCAGGGUUUUGACGACCUUCUCAAGACAAUAGCUAAGCGGAUUCAUAAGGUUGAUGACAUCGACAGUCUAGGCGGGGAAUUGGGUUUUGAAUCUCCGGAAAUACAACGUUACAUGCAAAUCAACGAAAAAUACCACAAUGUUACAUGCAUGGGAACACUUAGUAUGCUUCGGGAUUGGAGGAACAGGACUAAAAGGUCCGAAGAACGUGAACAAUUGAAGAAAGCCCUGAUUGCGAUUAAUCACCUACGUCUGGCAGACGACCUCCUGAACGACGGUGGACAUGGCAAGUUAGUAUGA